AUGAGUACAACAACAACAAAUAUCGUUUGGUUACAAAAUAAUCAAGAUGAACCUAUACCAAUUGAAUUACGUACAUAUAUUGCUUUAUUUACAAAUGAAGAUGCUUGUUAUCAAUUUAUAUCAUCUUUACCACCGACAUUACGUGGUUUAACACUUGUUGUGACUGAUUCAACAAUAUCAAUGGAUCGUUUAACUAAAUUAAAACAAAUUUCAUGUAUUUAUAUGUUAUCAUCAACAAAACCACAAAUAAAAAAUUCAUCAAAAUUUCAUGGAAUAUUUCAUGAUCGACAAUCAUUAAUAAAUCAAAUUGUUGCCGAUUUAAAUCGAACAAAAUCAUUACCACCAGGUUUUUUCACUGGUAUUAUGGCACCAUUUCAAGGAUUUUAUUUUAUUUUAACACAUCCAUCAGUAUGGACACGUGCACUUAUACCAGCAAUUAUAUUUACUAUUCUUCUUUUAAUAUUUUCUAUACCUGGAUUAUGGGGAAUGUAUGUAUUUACAGAUCAUUUAAAACAACAGCAUACAUCAAGAUGGAUAUAUUUGGGUAUAUGGCUAUUACGUAUCGUACUUUAUAUCGUUGCAAUAUUUCUUUCCUUAAUUCUUGCAUUAAUAACAGCUCAACCAUUGAGCGCGCCAGCACUUGAAAGUCUUGUUCGUGCACAAGAACGUGAAUUAAAAUAUCCAAAUCGACCUGAAGAAGGUUUUUGUUCGAGUGUAUGGAGAAGCAUUCGUGUAGCUGUUAUAUCAAUUUUAUUUUCAAUUUGUAUAUUUAUUGUAUUAACAUUAGCAGAAUUUUUUUUUCCACCAGCAAUUAUUAUAACUAUGCCAUUAAAAUUUCUUGUGACUGGUUUUAUACUCGCAUAUGAUAUUAUUGAUUAUCCAUUGUCUCUACAUUUAUUUGGUGUACGAGAACGUACACCAUGGUUUAGACAUUAUAUAUGGGCAACACUUGGUUUUGGUUUGUCUAUGGAAAUUAUUUUUCUUAUACCAGGAGCUUUUCUACUUUUAUUACCAGCUGGUGUUUGUGGUGCAACAAUUCUUGUUAUUGCAGCUGAACGAGCACAAAUCGAUCAACCAUUAUUACUUAUAGAAAUACCUACAUAA